CGUGGCCAGGAGCAAUGCGCCAUGAAAACCCUAUUCUGAGGCACUUUGCCUCGUUCAAUUUUCCCAACUUCACUAACAUCAGGCCACUACAGUUACAUAAAAUUCCAGAUACAUUUCUCUAUGGCUGAGAUUACGGACCACUCGUCAGCUUUCAAGUGUUCAAUCUGUCGAAAAUCUUUCGAGCAAGAAUCGUCAUGCAAACGCCACAUUAGACGUUGCCGACGAAAGCAGCCUACACCACCACGGCAGAAGUCCUGUUCCCAUUGUGUAAGUGACAAGACACGCUGUGACUUACGACAACCUUCUUGUUCGCGAUGUAGCGAGAAGAAAUUGGGAUGUAGAUAUCCCUCCUCUAUUUCUACAGAUCGGUCGGCGGGUAUUGCACCGGAGCAUUGGGAUGCAGUAUCGUCAGAUGUAUUAGAGUCAUGGACAUAUCCACCAAUUUUGGAUGGAGGGCAAACGAUAAUAGACAAUUCUCUUACGGCGUUCGAAGAAACAUCAUUAGUCUCAUUAGGGGCUUCUUUCCCUUCCACCACGUCCUCCCUCGGCAUGUCAGAGAUUUAUGGCUCGUCGUACCAACUCCAGGCGCCACAUUCUUUAUCACCCCUUCCUCUCUCCUCAGAGACCACGACUCUUUCCGCCCCAUCUUCGCAGAUGCUAAUUUAUUGUCCUUGGAGGCAAAGAGAUUCUGGUUGUGUUCCCAUCGCCGCAUCAAAACCUUUAUUAGAACUAACUCUUGUAGGCGGUGGAGAUAAGCUGUCGGCCAUUCGUAGUAGAUGGAUCAACCCGUUAUUCAAACCUCCGAAUAGAACAGUCUCCGUGAACGAAGCCUCGGCCAGGUUCAUGACGCAGGUUCUAAAGUGUUACCCAAAGAUGAUGGCUAGGGACGGCACUUUACCACCGAUGAUUCAUCGGCUACAAACUACGUCUAGAACCAUCCCUACGCCGCUUGUGGAUUGUCUAGCUUGGACAAAGAUGUGGGAACACAGAACAGGAAAUCUGGACGCGAUGUUAUUGAACGCUAUGCAAGGCGAGGUUGAGAGGCUGUAUAAGAAUUAUCGCUCAUAUGAACAGGUCGAUUUGUUGGCGGCGUUACAAGCAAGUUUGAUGUACUCGAUUAUGAUAUAUCUCGACUCCAAUACUAUGGCGAAAUAUGGCACCCAACUCGUAUUAGGCAAGCUUCAAGAGAUGGCAUAUCGUCUACUGGCUACGACAGAAUUUCCCAGGGCCGACAUUUCUAGCAAGGUUCCUGACCGCGAGUUGUGGGCAAUUGCUUCCGCAGCACAGCGAACAGUAUUAGCGAUAUACGUCUUCGACUGUGUCGUCUGCUUUCUGAACCGCAUACCAGUUUACUCCUGUGAUGAGCUCGACUUCAUCCCAGCUCCGGUGUGCCGACGGUUAUGGGAAGCUCGGGAGUAUGAAACAUGGAGGGAAGAGUAUGGAAAUUGGUUCAAGGUGUGGAAGGGCAGGGAAGUACUAAUGGGUGAAUUACUGAUACAACAUACGGAGUCAUACGCCUCUAAGCGGGUGGAAGAGUGGCUUAGUGAGGCUGAUGAAUUUGGGAUGUUAAUAUUCACGGGGUCACUGCUAUCUGUAAACAGUAAAUAGGCCUACUGCGCAGUUCGACGCAAGAAAGAGCUCUAGGUCUCUAGGUAUAGAAACGAAUCCCGCAUGUUCAAGCAAUACAGUUGGUUGAGAUACAGGCCAUCUCUGUUUUAAGCCGCCGCUCUUACUGGCACUCUUGCCUCAAGCGUCCUUAUUUUACGUCUUCCGAAAUCCGUACCACCACCCCUUUGCAUAUGGGCAAAAUAGAACCUCUACAUAAGAGAAUAAAUGGCUAUAUUCUCUAUGAUUGCGGGGUCCUGAUAGUAUUCUUAUAU